UACGGCGCUAUGCAACUGGUGGUCUCCUCUCUCUCUCAGCCGUCGAGUCUCGACAUAGGAUUGUUCCGCAGUCAGAUUGUGUGCGCCCUUUUUGCUUGAUGAAGAAACUUGAUCGACAGGCUUGGGGGGCUGGAGCUGAGGGUACUUCAGGGCGGCUUUGUGCAUAGACGGAGUGAAUUCUGUGACAAACGUGGACCCUGAACGUCUGUCUGUUCGGUGUACAAGUUAGCCAAGAAUCUCUCGAUCUUCACGGACGCAGGGUCGAUUUUUCGAAGCUAGACGGCACAUGGCGCGCAGCACGAGGUCAAUAAAUCUUGAACUAGGUAUUGAGAAGCGAGAGAUGACAAGAGCCGAGUCCCGACAGCCGCGACAUGGCGAAUUGAAACUCCGCCCCUCAAAGUCUCUUCAAAAGCGACUACCAGCGACUAUCUCGCUCCUCCCCCCUAACCUAAUCCUCUCGCAGGCCCAACACAUUCUUUGCACCCCCACACUCAUUUCCGCACCCCACAAACCACCAUGUUCCGCGCUGCUUUUGUCGCUCUCGCCCUCGCGCACUCUGCUUGCGCAGUGAUCUUCUUCACUGCUCCGACCGCCGCCAUUGGCUUCACCGCUGGCCAGAACGCAACGAUCACCUGGACCGACGACGGCGUCUCGCCCACCGUUGCCGAGUUCGGUCUGGCCAAAGCCUCCAUCUCCACCGGAAACUCUGCCUCCCAAACCGCUCUCCAAGUCAUCUCUGCCAGCGUUGACACGAAAUCCAUGUCUCUGUCCUUCAUCCCUGAUGCCACCAUUGGCCCUGACGGAAACCAAUACUUCAUCCGUUUUGACUCCCUCAACCUGAAGGAUGCCAAGGACGCAUCUAUCCCUGCGCUCGCCUUCUCCCAUCAAUUCAGUCUCUCGGGCAUGUCUGGAACGUUCAACGCAGCCGUCCUGUCCCAGAUCGCUGGGCAAUCGACAGCUCCCAUCGGCGGUGGAGUCCCAACCGCCGCCGCUCCGUCGGGCUCUGCCACGGCCGCACCCGUCUUUGUUGCAUCUGCAUCUGCGUCUGCAAGCAAGGCACCGACGUUGACCACCAGCAAAGCCGUCUCUGCCGCGUCUGCGACUGCCAGCAAGAGUGCCUCCGCGGCCCCUGUGAAGGGAUCCAGCGCAGCCGUGCCCUCCUUCGUGGCCUCCCAGCCGAGACUCUGGCUGGGCAUCGUCACAGGUGUUCUCGGAGCCGCUGUUGGCGCUGCUUUGUUGUAGAUUGAUUAUCUAUCGAUAUACAUAGGUCUCAGAUCUCAGAAUUGAGUCAAUGUUCCCACAUCAUAAAAUGUUCUCCAGGGCCUGGUUACAGUGACUAUAUGACUAUCACCCCUUGAAGUUGUAGUUCUAGUGUCAUCGAAGUAGCCACAUGCGUUUUAGCACCACCUCGGAUAUUGACAUGGACGCACUAGACGACAUAUCGUGUGGUAGAUAGUCGCUACUUGGAGGAUCUCCGCUUUAGGCAGUGGUCACGGUCAAAGCUAGGAUUUGCAUCCAGAUUAGGAAGGAGCGCACUAUCUCUGUUAGCGUUCGAACUGGACACCAAAGGAUGUUUGGCGCCUGAUCAGUCGGACCCAGUUGCAGUUCACCGCAACCGUAACCGUGCCUGAAUGACAUGUAUUUGGUCUUCUCAUGACCGUGUUUCGGGCGGAGAUCGGUCCGCAAAAGCAGUGAGGGGAUGUAUAUGAAGCCUCGAGACGGCCUAUUCCGCUCCUCGGCAUUUCGAAUUCUCGGUCACACGACGCACAACACUCCGAGGCUGGGCGUUUCGAAUUUCAGCAGCAGCUUCUUCUUCGAUUUCGGAGGCCGUCGUGUCCAGAGCAGAGCAGCGACGACUUCUUCAGAAACGCAGAUAUGCCCUAUGUGGCAGGUCUGUGCUCAGAUUAUAGAGCAUCCAAAAAGACGAUCUUGUUCGCAGGACGGCCAGGAUCAGGAACGAUAAUCAGGGCCGCAUGCAAGGUGGAUAAAUUGACAUCAGCACACAGCGAGUGGCGGAUUCUCGUGGAAAUGGUGACACGUCGAACACGGCUCCGCGCAGCAGCAGAUAAGGCUCGGGUUGCUGAAACAGUCGGCGACGAAACGCCAGCACAGUAUCGGAAUGCGACCACGCGCAGAUCACCCAUCAAAAGGCUGUUGAGAUUGCCUCGAAACGCGGCACAAAAAACCGCAAUGGACACCGACGAGAGUUUGCACGAGCGCUGGGCAGACGAAGUGUGGACGUAAAAGCGAUGGGAUGACACUGACGGGAUAAAUAUACAUGCUUGGCCGGCGGAAGGGGCGAUCUGAAUCUCUGAUCUGCCUCCGUCUCCGUCAUCGCGAUUCGCGAUUGCCAUUUCCAAAAUGCGGGGUACCCGACGCGUCCGCUGCCCGAAUCGACGUCGCCGCCGCCGUCGUCCCGGCAUGUGCACUCGGUGGCCUGCUGGUGGCCAGUGACAAGGCCCAGUACGUGACGUGACACUCGUGACGCACCACUCUCUCCGCCAGACGGUUGUUGAUUCUACGGUCCAGUCGGAAGCUACCGAGAGUCUAGCUGUGUGGGCUCUCCUUUCAGCCCUGCACAUCAAAAAAGGCCAGCUUGGACCGGGCACGACGAACCUGCACACGAACUCUACUACACAACGUAUUCCGAUACGAUGAACAUGACCGGGGGCGGAGGCGGCCCUUUUGCCGGCGGCAGCGGCGGUGGCAUCAAUCCCGCUAUGCUCGCGUCGUACGGUCGGCAGCAGCAGCAGCAUCAACAGCAGCAGCAACAGUUCGGAGGAGGAGCCUCGAUCAGCCCUGCCCAGCUCAUGAACGGAGGCAUGGGGAUGGGCAUGGGCGGUGGAGGGAUGGGCAUGGGUAUGGGCAUGGGCAACGCUGCUGGGAUGAUGGGCCCGUCUCAGCACUCGAUGAUGAAUAUGGCCAUGAACGGCGGUGGCGUCGGCGGGGGAAUCAGCCCUGCCGCCCUCCCAUCCCCCAUGAAUGGCGGAGGUGGCGGGGGUGGAGGGAUGAACCCUGCGUCGUUCAAUCUCAUGGGAAACUCCGGCCUAAAUCCCAGCCUCGCUCACGCGCCGCCCCAGAUGACUGGCCCCACACCGAACCAGAAUCCGAUACCGCCUCAGACGCUGCAGAUUCUCGCGAACAUAGGUGUCUCGCGCGACCAGCUCGCGCAGAUGAACCCGCAGGAGCGCCAGAUGACGAUCAAGAACGCGAACGCGAUAAUGAUGCGUCAGCAGCAACAGCAACAACAGUUCGCGUCGCCCGACAUGGCGAAUGGGUUCUAUGACGGGAUGGGCAUGUCAGGGAUGCCUAGCCCCUCCUCUAUGGGCGGAGGGGUGAGCAUGGGGGCUGGUAUGGGUGGAGGGAAUAUGGGAAUGGGAGGUGGCAUGGGCGGAGGCGGCAUGGGCAUGGGAGGUAUGAACAUGGGCAUGGGCAUGAACAUGGGAAACCCAGGAAUGGGCAUGAACUCCAACAAUCCCAUGGGCAUGGGCCUAGCGGGUGGUGGGAUGGGCGUCGGGGCUCAUCCCAUCGGCAUGGGAAGUAUGGGUAUGGGAAAUGGUGCUAUGGGUAUGAAUAUGGGAAAUGGCAACAUGGGCGGUCUGGGCAUGAACACGGGAGGAGGGAUGGGCAUGGGUAAUAUGGGUGGCGGAAACAUGGGCAUGAUGUCUCCAGCCCGACCCGGCACAGCUCAAGGGAUGUCUCCGCGAUCUGCUAGCUCGAUGGGCAUGGGCAUGGGUGCUGGUUCAGCAGACUUCUCACAUCAGAACGGGUUCCAAGGCGCGAAACACCCUCAUCCUCCACCAUUCGGUGGUUCCGGCUUCGGACCGGGUGGUGGAACCCCGCAAGACAUUCCUGCGCCCGGAUCGCCGUUCAGCACGCUCAAACGAAAGCUGACAAACGAGGCUUCGACUGCGAUACAUCCUAUGGGUAUGCCCACCAGGUCCACCUCUUUUACAGAAACAGCCAAUGGACUACCGAUGAAUACCCCACUGCGUCCUCCGUCGGCAACCAGCUCUCAGCCAGAUGCUCCGCGACGAGCAAGCCCACAUCGUCAUCGCUCAGCGUCGCCUGUCAAAGCAGGUCCUUCCUCCCGCGCAGAAAAAGCUCUUCCUCAGCGCGUACCGCCACUCGUGGGGCCGUUACCUGCGUCUGUGGAUCUCAAUCCUGCGACCACCAAAGUCACCGUCGUCCCAUUGUCGACUUCGCUGACGACCAUCCCUCCGCUGAGCCAAUCUGAAGUGCAAGACGUCAAAAGCUGGAAAAGCACCGAUCAGGCAUACGCCUCGUUGCUGAAAACGAUGAAAACGCGCGCGACCACUGAGAUGCAGGAGAUCUUUGGAAACCAGAAAAACUUGCCUUGGUGGACGAAGGGGUCGCUGGCGAGUAACACGAGCCGGUUCAUGCGAGCCAGGGAGCCCUUUGAUGUGCGCUAUCCGCUGCGGAAAAAGGACGGUCGUGAGGGCGCUCGGAGAAAAGGUGCUCGCCGCGAGGGGAUUCGACUUCCCAGAAGGCUUGACCCGGAAGAUGCGGACCGACCGGAGCUCCUGGUCCCCAUCCGACUGGAAUUCGACGUCGAGCAUCACCGGAUGCGGGACACAUUUGUGUGGAAUCUGAAUGACCCGGUGAUCAGCCCCGAGCUGUUCGCCCAAACUCUGGUAGAAGACUACAAUCUGACAGGCAGUUAUCAUGCGACGAUCGUCAAGUCGAUACAGGACCAGCUCAGCGACUACCGAGCGCACUCAAGCAAGUUCGACGGUGACAGCUGGGAUGUCAGAGGAGAUGAGGAAGACACGCUCAACGCGGGGUCCCUCCAAGGUGAGAGCAGUGCGUGGUGGAGUGCCUGGAGAAAGCGGCUCAGGAGUCGGAGAAUCGAGAGUGACCUGGACGACGACCGUCCGAUGUCUCUGGAAGAGUUUGCGCCCAACUACAAGUCGGCGGCAGAGGAUAUGCGGAUUGUCAUUAAACUCGAUAUCCUUGUGGGGACGAUCAAGCUUGACGACCAGUUUGAGUGGGACCUCACCAAUGCGGAUGCAUCCCCAGAACAGUUUGCGGCGAUCUACACUCGGGAUCUGGGGUUGAACGGAGAAUUCAGCACUGCCAUCGCGCAUUCCAUUCGGGAGCAGGUCCAGAUGUACCAAAAGUCGCUGUUCCUCGAACAGGACGACAAGGACGACGAGCUGCGCAGUGCUUUCCUGUCCCGAUUAUCCACUGCGGCACGCCCAGUCGAUCAGGUGGCGUCGUUCACACCUCAGCUCAACUAUCUGUCGGAUGGGGAGCUGGAACGACAUCACGAGAAGGACCGCGAUUCUUCCAACAUCAAUCGUCGCCGUAAAAAAGGCCGGAAGCGCGGCGCCAAUCUGGAUCCGCUGCGAACAUGCCGAACUCCUGCACUCGGUUUCCCUGAACUCGACGCUGCGACGCUGGCUGCAGUCGCGGCUGCUGCAGCCCCUGUUUCUCGACGAGCUGCGGCUGCUGCUGCAUCGCGCACAAUCGCGAACAUGGUUGCGUCAGAGAAUGAGAACGGGGAACAUGUGUUCACACCUCUCCCCGCGUUGCCUGCACCGCCACCUUUGAUCAUCAAAGAAAAGACCGUCAAGGGCUUGUUCAAGGCACCCGCUUACAAGUCAGAAAUCAUCCUACGGGCACGUGCAAAAGUACGGGCGCCGAUCGAGUCGACUGCAGUCGAUCCAUCGCUGCUUCCUCCACCGUUACCAGAUGAUCCGCCGCCCAUGGCUGUGCCAAUGUCACGGCAGCUGAUCUCGAAUGGUGUGUGGCACUGCCUGAACUGUGGCUGUCCAGAAAGUAUCGCGGUGGGUCGCAGAAAAGGGCCACAGGGCGACAAGACUUUGUGUGGGACCUGCGGGAAGUACUGGCAUCGGCACCGUCGGAUGCGCGAGGUACCGUACAAUCCCGAUGUGGAGCACCACAGCAAGAUUAAGCACGACGCCGAGGCUGUCAAGAGUGCCAACGCGAGUCGCCGUGGUCGCCAGCAGCAGCAGCAAAAACAGCAGCAACAGAUGAAUCCCUUGCUGAGGGAUUUAUCCCCGGUCUCGGACACGUCGAGUGUCGACGACCUUCCGCAGGUCAACGGCGGAAACAAUCGACUGGUAAUCACCAGUUCCCCGCUGACGCAUUCGUCGCCGCUGCCGGAAGAGUCGACACCGGAGAAGUCGGUGCCUGCUUCGGUCGAAACUGCGGUCGCGGACGUUCCUGAGCCGAUGGUCGUUGUGGAACCUGUGCCGCCGGUUGUGGAGCAGGUCGAAGUUGUCCCGGAUUCAUCUGUCGCGACGAUUUGGCCACCAACAUGGUUGACAAAAGCCAUCGCGCAACUGCAGGCCAAGUGGGAGAACGACCGCUUCGACGUAACGCUGCGCAAAGUCAACACCUCGAGCGACCCGGAGUGGAGGAUCAAGUGCAUGGAUUGCCCGGGCAAGUUGUAUACUCCUGGUCCCGGGGAGACGCUGUCGAACUUUGAGGUGCAUCUGAAGAAUCGGCUGCACCGGCAGCGCGUGGCCGAGCGGAUCGCGAGUGUGAACCAGGCUGUGGGUUCAGUGUGAGGGAUUCAGAAGGAUCUUCUAUCUACAUACUUGAUUUGGAGGGGGGGAGGUAUCCUAGUUGUGCUGCUACGUGUCUCUGUUAUCGAGCUUAGCUUUGUGUAUUGUUUUCAUCUGUGUCAAUUCCACUCUGUCUUGGAUGCCUGCAAGUCGGACCUCCUUGUCGUUUUGUUUCGCUAGUGCCUCGUCGUGG